AUGGUGGCGCUGGUGCUGGGCUGUACGGUCGAGGUGCCGGAUAUGGUGGCGCUGGUGUUGGGCUCUUUGGUCGGGGAGCCGGCUACGGAGGCGUCGGUGCUGGGGUCGGAGCUGGCGUUGGUGGCACGGGCCUUGGCAACGGAUACGGCGGUGCCGGUGCCGGUGUCGGUGGUACUGUCGGUGUCGGUGUCGGUGGUACUGCCGGUGUAG